AUGUGGGAAAGCUACGCUCACGUCUUGCCAUCUUUUGCAGACCCGAACAUGGCGAAACACCGAGGGGAGGCCGCGUUGAAAUGCACAACUGCGCACGGGUCCGGCUGGGACCUCUACGGAUCCAAGAAAGGGAACGCCGGUGCGAAGACUAAAGAUCUAUACUGCCCCGAGUGUCGAAAGGUUAUGAGAGAAACAACUUCGUUUUGGCUGCCACCCGGCAAGUUUGUGUACCAGCUUCGCCUCGGUUGGGGUAUAGACGCCGAAGGAGACGUGGUAAACGAAGAAGGUGUACUUAUUGACGAGGGUAACAAUAACGUCCUCGUGUAUGUCGAUGAAGGCAAAGAUGCCUGGAAGUCGGGCAACGGCUGGAAAACUUCGAAACCAGAACCCGUGCACGAUCAAUUCCCAACUUUUACUGCUGGAUCUCGACAUGCGACGACGAAGACUGGCAGAGCAUACAAGGGGGUAUGGGACAAUUUCAGCUCGUUGGCGACUUUCCACAGCCGUCGAUUCACGAACAGAGCUGUGGAGUGGGUCGCUGAGAUGGGCGGUGAGGCGCUUGUGAAUGUGGCCCUGCAGGGCAUGUGCCAGGCUAUCAAUCGGAAACUGAGCGCAGGAAACACCAGCUUCGAUAUAACAACAGAUUGGUUCCUCCCGCAAGACGUGGAAGACUGGGUAAACCAUGAACAUAGCCUCGACCGCUUCUACAGCGAUAUUGGAGUUGAAGUGCCGAAGAGUAGGAAACGCAGUUCGAAGCAGAAGAAGAACAAGAACACAUCAGAUCACGAAGGAUCCGAUGAAGAGGAGCAGCGCCCAAAGAAGAGGGUUAGGUAA